UCAAUUUUAUGACCUCACAAAGAUGGCGUUUACCGUCUCCCGGUUUGUUUCCGCUUCUAGAAAAGUGGGAAGUUAUCUUAUAAAUGCUGUUAUCAUAGGUCCGACAGCGUCGUGUGGAAUUACAAUGGAGACUAAGACAACAACAAAGCUGGAAUUUGCUGUACAGAUGACAUGUGACAGCUGUGCAGGUAAAAUCAGAACUGCAUUGGAAGGUACACCAGGGGUGGAGAGGGUGAGCGUGGACCUGUCCAAGGAGGAGGUGCUGGUGGAGGCAGCCCUCACCGCCCACCAGGUCCAGAGGCUGAUAGAGAGCACUGGGCUCAGGGCCGUGCUGAAGGGCAUCGGGGGCCCUGAGCCCGACCUGGGGACGGCGGUGGCGAUGAUGAGCGGCGCGGGGCCCGUUCAGGGCGUGGUCCGCUUCCUGCAGCUGUCCGAGGAGCGCUGCCUGAUCGACGGCACCAUCGACGGGCUGGAGCCGGGGCCCCACGGCCUCCACGUCCACGCCCUGGGGGACCUCACCCUGGACUGCCUCAGUUGUGGAGAACACUAUAAUCCCCAUGGGAGACAACAUGGCGGCCCACAGGACUCUGAGAGGCAUGUAGGCGAUCUGGGGAAUGUUUUGGCUGGGCUCGAUGGCAGAGCAUCAUUCAGACUGGAGGACUCGCAACUGAAGGUCUGGGAUGUGAUUGGUCGGUCCCUCGUGGUGGACGCCGGGGAGGACGACCUGGGCAGGGGAGGCCACACCCUCUCCAGACUGACGGGGAACUCGGGCGAGAGGCUGGCCUGUGGCAUCAUCGCUCGCUCCGCCGGCCUGUUCCAGAACUCUAAGCAGAUCUGCGCGUGUGACGGCGUGACCCUGUGGGAGGAGAGGGACCGGCCCAUCGCCGGGAUGGGGAGGAGCAAGACCUCAGAGACCCCUCCUGCUGCCCACCUGUAGCCCCCACUGGAGAGAGGGAGGGAGGGAGGG